AUGCUCGCGACACGACGAUCGGCGCCGACAACCUGGGAUCCGCUCGAAAGAUCCGGCGUAACUUUCAACGCCCAGCUGUCACUUGCUCGAAGGAGCUGCUCAUCUGCCCCAAGACCCGUCCAUUAUAAGGAAGAAGUGUCGACGGCGUGGGCACCGACCACCCCCAGAAUGACACGAGGAAAAAGCAACGAGGACGCAAGUAACUCGAUGCGUGCGGGAUCGUCUGCUGCCAUCACCGACAAGCCGAAACGGAUUGCCGACGGCGGAAACGGAUAUGAAAAUCUAUCU